GCCAAACAAUAAUAUUUCUGUUUGUCCUCUUCUGAACUCUUGAAAGAGGAACUCUGGGAUAACGGACGCAGAAACGACAGACAACUACCUUGCUUUUUGUAUAACUCAUUAAGCCUGCAAUGUUUACAUUGAAAACAAUGUGUGUAUGUGCGCACGGUGGUGGUUAAAAGUUGUUGACUAAAGUGUCGGGGGCCAUGGCGGGUGAGACAUGUGGCACUGUACUAUAAACAUAGUUAAACAAUAACGGCCUCCAUGUCUGCUCUGUGCUCAUAUUCUACACGAGUGGCUGUUCUUAUCACAAUUUUGGUUGAAGUUGACAAAACAACAGUUACCAAAUUUAAAGAUUACUGAUCACAUAACCUACUCUGCCAUGGGACCUCUUAUACGAUAACACGGGCCUCUUCCUCAUCGCUACCAUCCAUCCCGUAUGACCUGAACGAGGCAUUUCAGUUGCUCAUCUGAACUCUUCCUUGGAUGGAUGUUUUUUUUGUUGGUUUUCUACUGUAUGAAUCCAGUGGUAUUUACACAAUAAGACUGAAUAUUUAGUAGUGAUUCAAUUUCCAAACAUUAGUUGUUCAAAUUAUUACAGCUGUUUCCAGAAGAAGUAAAUAUCAAGAAUGAACUCUAUGUUGCAUUUGAGGCCUUGGGAGUGAACUCCGAGUAGUUUAACGGCAGAGCUGUAAAAGAGCGCCCCCUGGUGGCUCUUUUACAUACAGCCCAUAAAGAAAGGGCCACAUGGAUGAGUCAUUUCAUCAAGUAACCUCAUUUGUUCCAAUUGUAAUUAAUAACGAUCUUAUUUCACAACAAAUGCUUCUGAACAUGUGUAGAUUUUUAACAGAACUACCCAAUAAUCUCUGAAACUUUAUUUUUAUGAUCAAAAUAUCUCAAACAGUCGUUCAUGCAGGAAACAUAAUUGAUCACAUCCUAACGGUGCCGAGGUAAAACAGCACAGGUUUGUUUGUUUUGUUUCUGAGAUGAUCUACUCUCUCUCCCUCUCCAGCAGAUUAACCUUAUUUCGACAGCAUGGGUCCUGAGCGCUUCCUCCCCGAGACUCUCCACGCCCCUCUGAACAGCAACCUUUUACCCAGAGAGCUCCUAUUGGUCCGGAGCGGGGGCAGUGAGCAUCGCAGACAUUUGAUUGGUACAGACUCGAGGCAACGGUGACGUGGCAGACAGGACGGACACCGGAUUGGCUCUGGUGGACACGGUGGGCGGUGACUGACAAUGAAUGCGCUGAGAACACAUGUUUACAAUGAUGGGGAGAGCGGAAGAAUGGAGCGGCACAGGAUCACUAGACUGAGUUUCUGAAUGGAGUAGCCGCAUUCAGGAGCUUUUUUUGUAAUUCUUCAAAAGGCACGUGAGAGGAGUUUUUCUGAUGUAUUGUGUUUUCCUCUGGUACUUGUACUGUGGCUUUGAGUACUUGUAUGCUGGUUUGAGUGAGAAUGAGAGAGGUGUGUGACUUGAUACGGACAGGUGAUUGUGUGUGUGCAAUUGUCUGCUCUUAAUUAGUUUGUGUUUAAUCAGGUGUAGUUAACAGGUUUAACAAAUCUGCCUGUCAUUUAAGCUAAAUCCUAAUGUUUCCAUUCCCAGCGGACUCCUCCCAGUCUUCCUCUUGACACACAAACAGUUGAGCCUUAGGCAAACUUACCUGAACUUCACAAUUAAAAAAAGUUGACUUCAACAUGAAUACAUUCUCUUGCAGGUGGUGCAGACGGUGGAGGAAGCUCCCUGAGAGGGUCCCUGCAGAAGGAGACCAACGAGGCGCAUUGACCUGCAGUCAGUGUCACAGGAGAAACAUGCAACAAGAUGUCAAAUGAAUUAUCACAAAAGCUAAUAGCAGUUGUUUCUAACUUCAUUGUUGUGUGCAAAGUGCAACACACUCUCUCUGUUCCCCAAGUCAUUUCAAGAACUGACAGACCGAACACUUCCCAGAGAUGACCAGUGAUUUAUCUGCUGAACAUUUCACCACAAGAGUCUGCGUUUGAUGCCCAGCUUUCCCUCAGGAUGGCGUCCACCGUGUCUGCUGAACACCGCGGUGUCCUCAGACCUUCACUUUCUCCUCCAGCUUUCUGGCCUCCUCUGGACUUUGCCCUGGGCGCUCUCGCCUGCUGCGCUGCCUGUGUGUUCACCAAUCCCCUGGAGGUUGUAAAGACCCGCCUGCAGCUUCAGGGAGAGCUGCGUGCACGGGGAUCCUACCAGAGACACUACCGUGGAGUCCUGCAGGCCCUCUGGGUGGUGGGCCGCACAGACGGCCUCCGGGGCCUGCAGAAGGGGCUCUCGGUCGGGCUGAUGUACCAGGGUGUGAUGAACGGUGUGAGGCUGGGCUCCUACUCCUACUGUGAAGCUCUGGGUGUCACCUCUUUCCACGGGGGCAGUCUGCUGUCAGGGGCCGGGGCCGGGGCGCUGGGUGCCUUCAUUGCGUCUCCUGCAUACCUGGUGAAGACCCACCUGCAGGCCCAGACUGUGGAGUCCAUCGCUGUCGGCCACCAGCAUAACCACCUGGGAGUCUCUGAUGCCUUCAUUACCAUCUAUAGAAGAGACGGUUUAUUUGGUCUUUGGAGGGGAGUGAACGGGGCUGUGCCUCGAGUCAUGGUGGGAUCAGCUACUCAACUGGCAACCUUCACCUCGGCCAAGGAAUGGGUGUCACAUUCCCAGUGGUUUAGUCCAAACAGCUGGCUCACAGUUUUGAUGGCUGCCAUGAUCAGUGGAGUCGCUGUGGCGAUCAGCAUGACACCGUUUGACGUCAUCAGUACACGGCUCUACAACCAGCCAGUGGAUGAGUUCCGUAGGGGCCGCCUGUAUCAUGGAUUUUCAGAUUGUAUGCUGAAGGUGUGCCAGGCCGAGGGCCUGCUGGGGUUUUAUAAAGGCAUGGGCCCCGUCUUCCUGCGCUUGGCCCCACACACAGUGCUCAGCAUGCUAUUUUGGGAUCUAAUGAGGCAACAGACAGUGAAGGACAACCAUAGCCAGGGGAGGAGCUAAAACAUCCUGUGCACAAGUGACUGAACUCUGGACAUUGAAUUUAAAGCAAACGUUUCAAGUCUUGGUAAAUGUGUUCAUUCACUGUCUUGCAGACAGUAAACUACCAUGUUGUACAAUUGCUUUAAGUAAGACUCACUCUGUCUGACAAAUACUGCACUCCAACAAACAUUUUUAGAAGUUCCUAUCAAAUUUCUCAAAUAUAUAUGUUGAACUAUCAGAUUUUACUUUAAUACCUCAAAUGAUUAAUUUACUGGAUUAUUAAAACAUAAACACUGUUGUUUAUCGCCCAGUAUGGCUGCUGUCACAGGCUAAUGCAUCAUUAUAGUUGCCUUGUAUGUCAUAUGGGAAGAAAACAUCUGAUUACAUAUUUAUGAGGUCGUUAUGUACAUAAAUGUAACCUACAGUACUAAAAGCCUUUAAUCUGCAUUUUAAAAUAAUAAUGAUAAUAAUAAAGAUUUUUUUGAAUGAAAAGCAUUA